AUGGAGACUCCUGAGACCCCCACAUCGCCUGAAAUGCCGCCUGCACCCCACGAUUCCAUGGUCACCGUCGCGUUAUCUGAUAUCCAGUCAAGUUCCGAACACACUCAACCAGACUGGCGCACACUCGAUAUUCCUCAAACACCUGUCCAAUCAAGCCAUGAAGUCGAGUCCCAUCGAAAUCAUACUACAUCUUUUGGUCCAGAGCCCCUCCAAGAUGCCGCGAGGACAACCCCUGUCCCGAUGGACUCUCCUCAGACCCCGACCAUCCCCGAAGAGGCUCACUCGGACGACGAUACACCCAGCCAGGUCAAUUGGGAGAAUCUGGAGAAAACAGAGUUAGAGGAACCUCGAAGCGAGGGCUCAGAUGAUUCAACAGCCCUACUUCUGGCUCGCCUAGAACAGGAGAAUAAUGCCCUGGCUAAGAACCCCAAAUCUGCCAUCCCUAAAAUUAAAAGACACCAACGACAGUCCCGCUCUGAGUCGCUCGUUCAAAUUAAGAGAUUGAUCCAAGAUCCCGCACGGCCAGAUCUGCGGUAUUCACAACUUGCACCACCACCGAUGACAGAGCUAGAGUUUUGGGCUGCUUUGGUCGCCGAUUACCAUCAGACGGCUCAACGCCUCCCGACUCUCACUUCAAACAAGAUCAGAGGGGGUGUACCUCCACCGCUUCGUGGUGUGGUAUGGCCCAGCUUAGCAGGUGCUCGUGAUCCCCAUCUCUUUGAUGAGUUCGAGCGACUUUCAGGCGAAAGCAGCCCGUAUGAUGGGCUGAUCGGAAAAGAUAUUGGUCGCAGCUUUCCCAAUGUGGAAAUGUUCAGAGACCCAAAUGGUGAGGGGCAGCGGAUGCUGGCCAGGGUAUUGAGAUGCUUCAGUUUGUAUGAUUCCAAGAUUGGCUAUUGUCAAGGACUUGGGUUUGUCGUGGGCCCAUUGCUCAUGCAUAUGUCGGAUGCUGAAGCUUUUGCCGUUCUCGUUCGGCUCAUGGACCAUUACAACCUUCGGAUGUGCUACCUGCCAGAUCUUUCAGGUCUUCACUUGCACGUUUACCAAUUCCAGAAUCUUCUGGCACGGCACCGGCCUGCUCUUUUCGAGCAUUUAGAAAUAUUGCAUGUCGAGCCAGUGUAUGUGUCACAGUGGUUCUUGUCGUUUUUUGCCGUGACCUGCCCACUGCCUAUGUUGCUUCGAGUGUACGACAUGAUUUUCCUCGAAGGAGCAUGCGAAACUCUGAUGCGUGUCGCCCUCUCCCUGAUGCAAAGAAACGAGAAGAAAAUCAUGGCUUUCACUGAGUUUGAGGAUGUGAUGCAAUUCCUCCUAUCACGAAGCGUUUGGGAUAUAUACGCUUUCAACGCGGAUGACCUCGUUAACGAUUUCUUCUCAUUAACUUCUCUUGUUACAAAGGAGAGUCUCCAGACACUGGAGGCUAAUUAUAAUCAGUCCCAGGGCGUACCUACUGGUAUUUCCUUCCCACAGAUGCAAGCGACCGCCUCUCGAUUCCUCGGACGUCUUUGGGCAGGGUCAAAUUCACACAACUCUGUUAAGUCACUUAGUCCGAACCCUAGCGUGUCGCGUCCAAAUAGCACAAUUCGACGCUCAACUUCAAAACAAAGCAUGACAUCAACCCUCAACUCUAUUGAAUCUUUAUCCGAUGCGAGUACUGCUCCCACAGAGCUGUCGCCUUCACCCAGCGUGGAGUCAAAAUCUCGCAUCAAAUCAAGCAUGUCUAGCAUGUCGAUUUCACAAAAGGACCGUGACAUGCAUACGCAGAUUGAAGAUCUACUGAUGGCAUUGACCGAUCUCCAACGCCAACACUCAGAUUUAACGCUGGAAUUACAACAGGAGCGCGAAGAGCGCGAAGAAGAUCACGCCGUGGCGAAAGAAAUGCUUUGCUCCCUUUUGGAACUCCCGGCUGACCUACAUCCCACGCAAACUAUCAUGAAGGCACAGACCAGAUUCUCAUCAAAUGAGCCAAAAGAAAUUACUAUUACUCAAACCAAGCAUCAGCUGUAUAGUGAUAUGACACGGUGGAAGCAUAUGUUCGAGGUCGAGUCAGGUCGAUGCGGUGACCUUACACGACGCAUGGACGAGUUCGAGCAAGAAAACUCGACUUUGAAAGAGCAACUCCGCGAGGCCCGUGGUCGCAUUCAAGACAACUUCCGCGAUCGAAUGCGACUCGAGCGAGCGAAUCAGGAGCUCCGCGCUUUCAGAUCCUCUACCUCGGAAUCUAGUUCUCCAUCCGACAGCUAUGGGUUUUCGACUGAAUCUAAUGAGGCCUCUCCCACCACCAAUGGCCUUCGCCAGCUCAGGCUGGUGCGCAGCAAUUCGGCAAAUACCCCUGUAUUCAGCAAGAGAUCAAGCAGCUUAGGCCUCCAGAGCGUGUUGUCAGCCGAGCAAAAUAGGCCAGCUCUUGAUGAGUCGCUACUCUUGGAGUUGGUUAACUCAAAGACUGCAGAGGCAGAGGCCAAACAAGAGCUAGAGGAAGUGAAGGGCAAGUUUGAAUCCCUCCGAAGAAUGGUCAGCUCCCAGUCUGUUGCGAAUCUCGAGCACCGCCUUUCCCUCACCAGCCUUUCUAAAUCUUCGACCGAGCCUGUCAAACUAGGACCCUCUGGCAAUAAUGCUGGAGGAUUCUUUAGUGGCUGGGGACGCAAAGCUGCAACGAUUAAUGAAUCUCCGCAAUAA